AUGGAGGACCCAGAAGAAUCCGUGGUGGAAGAGAGAGAGGAGUUGAUGGUUCCACCAUCUGGUGGAAACCCAUUUCUCAGAAAAGCCUACUUUCUAAAACCCCCUUUGCAAAAUUCCUCCACUGAUGAACCCCUUUCCAAGCUCCCACCUUUUUCCUCUUCUUUCCCAUCACAUUUCGAUCUGCAGAAAUGGCCUUUGAAGGUUGAAUUUCAUGGAUGGACUUAUGGCCAAAAAGAUUGGAAAACAUGGAUCGAUCAAAUGGCAUCUGUGCACCGAUCUACCUGGAAGAAGGCUGGCAUUUACGAAGCAAUCAUUAAUUCGACGUACAAAAUACGAAGACAAACCGAUUUGGUUUUUGGGUUUGUUGAGAAAUGGUGUUCAGAAACCAAUACUUUUUCUUUUCCAUGGGGUGAAACAACAAUCACGUUAGAAGAUGUCAUGGUUUUAGGAGGUUUUUCGGUUUUGGGUGACUCUGUUUUAUGUCCUCUUGAGAGUUCACAACUGAAAGAAAUCCAUGAGAAACUACUUGCACAGAGAAGACAAAUUGCUCGGAACAAGGGAAAUGUUACCACACAAAUUUGGCAGAAGAAGUUCAUGAACAGUGGGAGUGAAAUCGAGCACGAAGCAUUUCUUGUCUUUUGGUUGUGCAGCUAUGUUUUUGUUAGUGGUCGUUAUAGGAUCCACAACGAUGUUUUCUCCGUAGCAAUUCAUUUAGCUAGGGGGACUCCAAUCGCGCUUGCACCAGCUGUUCUUGCCAGCAUUUAUAGAGAUUUGGGUGUGUUGAAAAUCGCAAUCGUAGAUUCAAACAAAUUGGAAAUAAGUAGUAAUGUUGUUUUAGAGCUCGUCAUUCGGUCACCAUUUCAGUUAGUUCAAGUUUGGGCAUGGGAACGUUUCUCGGACCUUAGGCCGGAAAACCCCAAUCGUCUCAAUUGCGGUGAGCCAAGAAUGGCUAGAUGGGAUACAUUAAAUGGUCAAAAAGUUGAGAACUUGGGAAGGGUUUUAGACUCAGCAGGAGAAGAGUUCCUGUGGAGGCCUUAUGCAUUGGAUGUCAUUGAGAACUGGCAUUUGCCUGAAUACUAUCCACAAAAGGAAAAGUGGGUUUCGGUUGGACCUGCUUCGGAUGAUGAACUACAGUCAUUUGUUAGAUGCUUGAGGGUGAGUGAACUCGUUGGACUAAAUGAUACUACAGAGCAAUACCUUCCGCAUCGGGUAGCUAUGCAAUUUGGAUACGAUCAAGAUCUUCCUUGUUCUCUUACUCAACUGAAGCACAAUUCAAAUACAGACUGGAAGCAUUACAUCGAGGAAACCAAGAAGGUAAAACUGUAUCUUCCAUCUAGGCUUUUCGAGGCAGAUGUCAGCACAAAUUACUUGAAGUGGUGGAACCAAUCAGUGUCAGGUCACAAAGAUGCAUGUGGAGCAGCUGUGCCACAAAAAAAGAGAUCAAAGACAACACAGAGUAGGAAAUCGCUACUAUUGAGGACUAACCACCCUUCUGUUCCCCUGGUUUUCCUCACAAGCAUAAAGGAAUGGAAGGUGAAGAACCGAUGGAUGAAGAAGAUAAACUAA